CACUAGAGUGGCAGCGCUGUGGUACAUCUCUCCUUCCUUCUCUCGCUUAUUUUUUUGUCACAAAAGAUGCCCAAGUGAACCCUCAUUUUUCAUUAAUUUUCUCUUUUAUUUUGACCCACGUUAAGCCUCACCAACUGAGUAAACCAAUCAAUGAAAAUAAUUCGACAAUGCAAAUUGUGAAAAAUUGAUAAGAGGGAGUGCGUGAGGGAGAGGGAAGGUGUGAGAGUUGGGUUUCAAGGAGACGCCAGGAACCCGACAAACAGAAUCGAGAAACGGAUUUGCCAAUGAACAGUUGUUCAGAGUGAGGUACUGUAAAAACACGAGACAUCCGUUUCUUUAAAGUUGUUUUCCUUUCGUCGUUCGAUCUCGAUUAAAGUUAUUGAAAAAUGCAGUAAUGUGAGGAAAAAGUAGAGUAAAAUACGUGUGUCGUAAUAAAUGUAAUUUAUCUAUUGGUGUUGACUAAUCACAUGGAGUCUUUGUUUACGUCUCAUGGGAGUCCAGUGAACGAGUAGAAAUUGCAAAGCUCGUGCAAUCUGUCGGAUAAGGGCGGACAAAGACUAGUUAUAAAAGAAUAUUUAAAAUUAUUUAUUUAACGGGAACGUGACGCACGAGGUAACGUCGAGGUGCUAGGGUUAGGGGGAUUUAAAUGGAAGGAGAAACAGAGACACAGAUAGGGACUGUAUACACGAAGUGAUUCGGUAUGGGUGGGGUCGUGACAGUAGAGUGAGAGACAGAGACAGACGAGAGGGACGGCUGUUCUUUUUUUUACAAACAAUGGUGUGUGUUCACUGUUUGGAGCAAAGAGUGGUGCCCUGAGCCUGGCCAUCGCCGUAACAACAGCCGAGCGCACAUCCUCGGUUGGCCCUCGGCAGCUGAGCGCAAAAAUCAUCGGCUCGCCUGAAUUGAAAAAAAAGCCGUAUAUAAUAAAAAAAGUGUUUGGAGAGAGUCAACUUUCGACGAAAAAUUCAGGCACAGAGUUCUGUUUCUCUUCUGUGCCCUGUGGGUUGCCAACCGAGCCGUCCACGUCUCUUGAGAGAGUGUGGGAAGUGUACACGAAAGGGGGAGCGGCAUAGGGAGGAAAAAGGCUUCGCUUGGACGUGGAAAAAAAAACGAGUGAGGAAGGGGAAGAGGGAGAGAGAUAGAGGUAGAUAGAUUGUAAAAAAAAGAAAGAGAGAGGAUAAAAUGAACGGACCGGGUAAUCAUCAGCAUCGGGGCAUGGGUAUGCAGGGCAGAUACAGGAACGGCGGUGGUGGUGGUACAGGAACGGGGCCUAUGACUCGUCCAGCCCCAACCCACAGCCGUUCUGGCUGGCAUCCCCUCAGCCAGCAUACACAGCACGGCCAGCUUAACCAGCAGUACAAGGAGUACCCCUAUCGUCAGGGAUCGUCGUCAAGAUAUCACAAUGGGGACUGUCCAGGUGUGGGGACGUCCUCAGGACCAGCAGGAAAGGAAGUCUAUCACGGUGCGGUGGGUGGGCCCAGUGCUGGAUACAAAGUGAAUCCACAGCAACACAGCCAACAGUCACGAGGACAAGUGCCACAGCAGUCUCUACCAUCGUCUCACUUUUCUCAGGAACAAACUGGCCCACCAACAAGUACCCCACCGCUACGCAUCAACAUUUGUGGACAAGACAACACAAUGAGAGGACCCCUUAUGAACCUCAGCCCCAGCUUGGGAGCCGGUACAGUUGAUAUGGAGUAUCGGAGAGCUACGCAAGCAUCGAAUCAGUUACCCCUUAGUCCAGUCCAGAUACAGCCCUCACCGCCGUAUUACAGGCAACCUAGUCAGGACGACGGAAGAAAGAGUGAAUCACCAUCGCGAAAACGUCGCAGAAUAUCUCGCAACGGUGCAGUACCAGGAUUAGACGUACAGGAAGCGGCGCCUUCAGCCCCAACCCCGCCAUUACACACAAAUCCCGGACCUUGGGAAUUACCCCCAGCCCCCCAACGUAGAUCACCCCGUAAUCACAUGAGCACAAGGGGCAGCCCACCAAUACGUAAUCGUUACCCACGUUAUUCCGAUUCAUUUGCCCUCUCUUAUCCAUUCAUACCCGGAAUGCAUAAUUCCCAUCCAACAAUUCAUAAUUCCCAUCAUGGAAUACAUGGACAACACCACACUAUUCACAAUUCUCAUCACAGUUUACACAAUGGUCAUCACAAUAUACACAGCGCCCAUCAUAACAUACACAAUGCCCAUCAGAGCCAUCCACAUCAUCCAGUUGCCACUGGACAUCACCCAAAUCAGGGUACAAAUGGCCCUGUUGUCGUUGAAGUUGGACAAGUUGGUGUGUCCAGUCUUGGGGUUACUGUCAGUGGUGAGCCAAUCUGGCAUCCACAGGCAACUGGAUAUCGAAUCCCAUGCCAACUCCAUGGAAUUUAUGCCCCAACGGGGGCGCAUGCCUUUGCUCAUUCGUGCCAGGUGCCACAUCACCAUCAUCAUGGCCACUAUUCCACAGGCCAUCCAGGCCACAGUCUGAUUGGCGCUGCCCCGAGGGGCUAUCCUACCCCUCCGGGCGGCCCUGUGGCUGCCCUACAUCCGCAUCCACCACCACCACCCGUCCAUGCCCCUCAUUAUCCAGCCCAUCAUCAAUUAUCACAACAGAGGGAAGUUGAUUUGGAGUUGAUUGAGAGUCAUUUACACCACCGUCAAAUGGCUAAUGGUGGACCACCGAUGCCCCUACCUCACUCUUACUCGCCUCCAGCGCUCGCCCAAGUCACGACACCACCACCGAUAUUCCUACCUGAGACUCGAAGCAAUCAACUGGAGAUGCUGCAAUCACGUACACGAAGAGCAACCACUGGCGGCCGAAGACAAAGGACAACCAGAUGGCGAGGAACACCACCGAUACCCCCCACCGGUUACUCCGGGCUACUUCUUCACUUCCUAGCCAUGUUCAGCAAUCCACCACUGUCCCCAUACAAUCAAACUGAGCUAUCGUCACCGGAGUCUGCUGAAACCGAAAAUUACGAGGCACUACUUUCACUAGCUGAGAGACUCGGUGAGGCUAAACCAAGGGGUCUUACGCGGGCCGAGGUGGAACAAUUACGUUCGUACAAAUUCAACGCUGAAAAUCCUCAUGGGGAUCAAACAAACUGUGUUGUUUGCAUGUGUGACUUCGAGGCACCACAAAUGUUGAGGGCUCUACCGUGCUCUCACGAGUUCCAUGCCAAGUGCAUUGACAAAUGGCUCAGGUCAAACCGAACGUGUCCAAUUUGCCGCGGCGAUGCCGGCGAUAUUUUCAGUAACAGUGGUACAGCAAGUGACUAACCAACGGUCGAGGCAGGACCUUAGCGGCAUCAACCACAAAGAUUGCGUGUGCCGAUUGUUACAUUACUGAUUCGUGCAAAUUCGUAAGUUGGAUCUCAAGGAAGCUAACAAAAACGAACAAAUGAGAGAGCAAAUAAAAUGGUAGAACUCUUAUUUGCUAAUAAAACCUUCAAGCCAAGUUUUGUAUAAUCAAAUUGUUGAAUCAAUUGUAUAGACGGGAUAUUUUGCUUUUCCGUUGUAAGACAAAACAGCCAAUUCUUCGUUUACUCGGAGAACAAAACUAUACGUGAGGAUUUUUUGUCUUAAAGUUCGUUGAUAUUCAGAUAUUGCUCGCUUAGCUGUUGUGUGUAGUCCACAAUUUUUGAGUUGAUUAUUACGUUAUUAUUUGUAUUAUCUACUAUUAAAUCGUCUCAAACUCAAUGUCGUUAAACUCAGAGUCAAUGUAUAUAAAUUGCAUAUAAUAAGGAAAGGAAAACAAAUAGUUACACGUUCAUGUGCACCGUAGAUCUCUCUUUUUUUUCGUUAUUCUUAUUGCGUUUACACUUAUAUCUCUGCUUUGCACAGAAAUAUCAUUUAAUUGGAUGAAUAAAGUAACUCAGAAUUUGUCAAAGUUGAGUAUGAAUACUUUUUGCUUAUUAAUUUCCUUCGAGUGCUUCUGGAGAUGAGUAAAUUGACAUGGGAACCUCGGGCCAUCUUUCACUACCUUCAAUGUAGUCGAUCAAUUCAACAUUAUAAUCUCAGUGUUACUUGGCUUAAUUCAUUCUUGUACGUUAUUUGAAGAGAAAUUUAGAAAAUUUGUUACAGAGAAAAAAAAACGUAAGAAAGUAGAGAAAUUUUUUUUCUUGUGCAUCUACCUCCAGAAAAUGAUGAAGUAUUUUUUUAUGAAUAGCCACUGAAGAUACGAGACAAGCAAUAUAUUACAGGUAAACGGAAAUAUUUCGGAUUAUUCAUUGAUAAAAAUCAUUGAUCAUUGGAAUGAAUUAAUUUAUGAUAACGUUGGACUCAAUAAGAUGGCCGUUGGUGUUAUAACAGAGCGCCACUGCCUGAGCUCUGUUGAAAUUUAAUUAACAAUUUGGUCUCAUUCAUUAUUUGUUCUCCUCGGGUGCCUUUGCCAUACUAACCGCAAAAACAAAACAAGGUGACAUAAAAACUUGUGGAACAAAAAUGUAGAAAAUUAAUGAAUUAACGAAGAACGAACACAUAAACGAGAAAUAGCUGAGAAAAGAAAAGUUAUAUAUUAAAUGCGCCUACGAGCAAGUGGGAAACCCAUUGGAAAGGUACAAAUGCCAUAUACGUAAAAACAUUUUUUUCUUUCUAAUAGGAAAAAUGAUAGGAACAAAAAUCAUUGCAUCAACUGUACAUAGGUGGAAUUAUUUGAAUCAAUUCAACUGAAUUUUAUGGGCUUCUAAAUUAAAUCGACGAAAGACCGAAAGUUGGUGAAAAAACAUAUCAUAAGUUUGUUUUACUUUCACUUCUAAUUUUAGCUUUUUUUAGUUUUUUAUCUCUUCUAACAUGAUGACUAAAAUCGACUGCUCCUAGGUACUAUGAAAAUUUGAAAGUUAUGGAGGAACGAUUGAGCAAGGGGCUGGCGUUCGAUGAGAAUGAGAUUGGAGAGAAAAACUUGAAUGAAUUUUUGUUUUCUAUUAUUCUGUUGAUGAGAGAUAGUGUCAUAUUAAUGUUGGCCCGAAGCCAAAUGAACUGUGGAUGCAAUGUUGAUACUGUGAUACACUUUGUUUACUUCAAAACCUAAUUUUUUAAAUGUUUACUUCUCAUUCAUUGAUUAAUUGUCUCGGAUUGAAAUUAAAAUCAAGUAGAAAAGCAUCAAUGGGGCAAUACUGCAAUGGCUCGUUAAACCCGCGAGAUAAAAAUGUGCAAUCGAACAACAAUAGUGUUUCAGAAGUAAUAAAAUUACUCGAUCAAUCUAGCGCUGUAUAUCCUAUUAAUUGUUCACUUGUAAAUUCAUUUUUUUUUUAAUUUUGGGCUCGAAGAUGUGCAUGAAAUGAGUUUAUCCAGCUAGGUGCAGUAUUGUGAAGCCGGAAAUCCAACAAAAUUACUGGUGAUUUCGGAAUUUUUCCCCUUUUAUCGCCAAAAUAAUUCCACGCCCCUGAAAAGUGAUGUAUAAUUAUUGUGACAAUCGAUUUGUUGAUUAAUGGUGCUUUUUGGAAACCCUUGAUUUAGUCAUUUUGCAGCAUGCAACGAUGGGAGAAAAUUGUUAGAUCAUUGAAGCAAUAGGAACAGUUCAGUAAUUUCAAAGACUAUUAAUCAGUUGAUUUACCUCCUCUUUAAUCUACAAUUGUAUUUCAAUUGUUAAUUUUUUUAGUCCAUUUUAAUGCCCUCAACGUCCACUGUUGCUGCUGUACAAGGAUUUACUUGAUUCCUUCUUUUAGAUUGUAAGAUUUAAAUUGCAACUAUCCCUCUUUUCAUAUGCGUUAUUAGAUGUUAUGCGAUAAACAUUCGAUUUCAGUUUUACUUUGUUGUUAUUACUCAAUUUACGUUUUGACGUCAUUUGUCAUUUACUAGAAAAUAAUUCAUCACAUAGCGAAAUAACUGAAGAAAAAUGUGUAUAGGUGAAUGUAGUUUUAUUUGUUGGUAAUUUUUUUCACUGACAAAGGUAGAGUUGUCAUCUUUCGUUGUCAAUGGAAAUAAUUAAUUUCUCUUUCUUUUUCAUUUAUUAAGUUACAUAGGUAAUUAAUCAACGCCUCGAUUUAUAGUGAUACAAUGUUUGUACAGACGCGGAAGACCAUAACGAUGCCAAACAAUUAUACGUUAUUAUACUGGCUAUUAUUACCAUAUUAUUUGCUAAAAAAAUUGAUUAAAAAACAUUACACAAUUAUUUUAUUUCCUCAAUUAAUUCUUAUCCUUUAUUUUUUCAACGCUUUACAGCAUGCUGUAUUCCUCGCUAUACGUUCACUAAUCAUUUUACAUAUUUUCUGAACUCACCAUGUGAUUAGAUCAUUAGGCAGACUGUAGUGAAAUCAAAUGGGACGAUAAAAAGAUCUCAAUGCAAAUAUUGAAAUACUGCAAACUAAUUGGAAAGCACGGGAUUUAAUUGAUUUUCCCAUUCGUUUCAUUGCAGAGUGCAAUUGGCAAUUGAAGAUCAAAAUAAGGUUGACUUACUGUGCCUGAAACUUAAAACAUAAACGGAAAAAUGCACGUAUUUUCCAAAGCCUUUCUCUCGGAAAUGCAAAAAAAUCGAAGGAGAAAAAUGAACGUAUGCUAUUCCCCACUGAAAGAGGGAAGGCGAUAAACGAUGGGGGAGAAAGGAAAAGAAGAAAAAAAUAGACAACAAUGAUGAAAAAAAAACACAGUUGAAACAUUCACGAAAAUGAAAGGGAAGAGACAGAAAAGCAUUUGGAAUGUCUCUUUAAACGAUAUGUUCAUAUCCUGAUUUUACGAUUUGUGUGUGGUAGAAUACCUCACAGAAUUCAUCCACUUUAAGUCGUUCACUUGCGUGCGUUUAUCGUUUUGCUGGGGUGAGGUGAAAUGGGCAAUCUCUGAAGAUAGAUCCCCUUUAAGCUCACCCCUUCAAAAGCUCGCCUAGGCCACCGGGAUUCACGGCCUCGAUUUACUAUAGACAUUACUUGGGGUCUGUGGAUGUGAGAGGGGGGUCUGGUCUGAGCCAAAAUCAAUUCUCGCGCGCCUAGGUAUAUAUAUUCGAGUUUGCGCGUUAUUCUGACAGACCAGACUUUUUUGUAUUUAAAUUUUCUAGUUGAAGAGAAUGAUAACAUGAAUAGGCAUGUUUUUUGAGGGACUUUGGUGAAUUUCUAAUGGUCCUUGGACCACUAUUUUCAUCUCAUUUGGAUUUGUUAGUUCUUGAAAUCAAUAGCGGAGAGUUAACACGAUUCAAGUUCAUUUUAUUGCACCAUUAGUGUUGAUCAUCUAAUACUUUGAAUAAAUUCACGUUGAAUUCAUGUUCAAUUAUUCAAAAGUUUUGUCUCUUGGUUUAAAAACAAAAACGUUAUUAAUCCAAGAGUUUUUCUCACUUGAAAUCAGUCGAUUUUUAUUACUGAAUUUCAGGGAUUUUCUUUCUGAAAUUACGUAAUCAGUUUACUACACUCAGUGCAAUGCCUCCUGAAGCCAUGAGUUACUUAGAAUCAGUAACAUGAUUCUGGAACGUAGAUUUUUCUCUCUGCGCAAAGAAUAAACGUUUUUCGAUUCAAUACUGAGAUGAAUCGAUCGAGUCAUCGUUUUCCCCCAUUUCGAAAUGAUAACCAACUUUUUUUUAUUCCACUUCAACAUUUGAAAAUGUUAAUCUUUCAUUUUACCCAAUGGUGCAAUUGAAUCAACCUCACUCCUCUGCACUCUCUGACUAUCGAUAUAAUUGUGAAACGGAAAGGGUAUUAGUCUCGCUCUCAUUAAUUCACAAGGUAAUAUCGAAAAUUCACGUAGAGCUUUAGAAAUUCCUCGUUUUCAGCCAUUCGAGAUUGAAAAAAUAAUUCUCAACGAAUCUCACAGAGUAAAAAUCUCUAAAAAUGUAGCAUAUGUGUGUAUAACAAAACGCAUUGUACAAAAAAUAUUCCCUUUCAUGGUUUUCAUUAGACAAGCACUAGGAAUUAUUGUGUUACGUAUAUGCGAAGCUCACUGCAUAACGCCAAGAAAAUGAAUUACCAAAAACUCAAAACUAUUUCUCAUUCAAUUGCGACUAUGUAUGGAAGUUAAACGAUUUUUCUUGGAUCGAGUUUAAAAAGAACUUAUAAAUAAUAUGAAGCAGAUUAAGACAACAUAGAUGUAAUGCCAUUCAUGUACAUGUUGUUUAAAUAAUUGAAUGUGUAAACAAAAGAUGAAAAACCUAAUUAGGCAUUACUCCGAAUGCGAGUUUCAAAUUUUUUGAGAAAAUUUAGAUAAUAGAGUUUUUACUGAGCUCAUACAGCUUGCUUCGUCUUUUCACUAUUCCGUUUGAAUAAUAAUUUUUUGCUUGAGAAACAAAAAGAGAAUAAUGCGAACAUAAAGUAUGAAAUUUUUAUUUGAAUUUUUCUAUCAAAGCCUUUACCGUCCUAAGUACUGAUGUAUAAUGUAAAUGAUGAAAAAAAUAAUAAUAAGAUGGAAAAUUACUCGAUCAUCUGUAACCAGUUUGUAGAAAUCUUAUGGAAAUGAAAAAACAAUGAAAACAAAACCAAAGUUAUGGUUAAAUAAUUGUGCAAUAGAGCAAAAAAAAGAUGAAUUGUUCAACAUGGAAUUUAUUCCUCUUUCUUCGUAUUAUCCUUGCGAAGCUGUUGUAUUUAUAAUCCAAUAUAACGUACAAUAUACAUAUUUCCUUUUUAAUA